AUGGCCAUACUCCCACCAUCGUUGCCAUCGCAGCUCACGGCCAGCCUCUCCAACCGGUCGGCGAAGCAACUUCUAAAGGACCUUACGAACCUCUACGUCAAGCAUCGCACCCGCAUCUCCCGUACCAUCUAUCUCGCUCUCUUCCUGGCGGUCAUCCAUCGUGUCCGCAAUGCCAUCAAAGAACAGAAGGCGGCCGCUCUCCGCGCCGCCGAGAUCCGUCGCAAGGGACCCGUCACAGCCAACGCCCGCGGCGAGGCGACGUCAAGGAAGAAGGUUGAGCUCAAUCGCGAGUUCUUCCGCAAUCUGUUCAAGCUGUUGAGGAUCUGUAUCCCGGGAUGGAGAAGCAAAGAGCUAAGGCUGCUCGUCAGUCAUUCCGUAUUCCUCGUCUUGCGGACGCUGCUGAGCCUGUACGUUGCGGAGUUGGAUGGCAGGCUGGUCAGCAGUCUGGUCAAAGGGAAGGGCAAGGCGUUUUUGAAAGGACUGGUAUGGUGGAUGAUCGUUGCGGUGCCGGCCACCUUCACAAAUUCAAUGCUCUCAUACCACCAGACUACGCUUGCACUUGCGUACCGUACCCGCCUUACGCAUUACAUCCACCACAAGUACCUCAACAACAUGACAUUCUACACGCUUUCUGCUCUCGACGACCGGAUAAAGAACGCAGACCAGCUCAUCACGGUAGACGUCAGCAAGUUCUCCAACAGCCUGGCUGAGCUGUAUUCCAACCUCGCCAAACCCAUCCUAGAUCUCGUCAUCUACAAUUGGAGUCUCAGCCGCAGCGUCGGCGGCGAGGGCCUAUUUGCCAUGUCGCUCAUGGUGCAACUCAGCGCAAGCGUGAUGCGCGCACUCACACCACCAUUCGGCAAGUACGUCGCCGACGAAGCACGGCUCGAAGGCGAGUUCCGCUUCCAGCACUCUCGCCUCAUUGACUACAGCGAAGAAAUAGCGCUGUACUCCGGCCACGAAGCGGAGAAGGACACGCUUGACAAGGGCUACUUCACGCUGAUCAAGCAUGUGAAUCGUAUUCUGCGCCGACGUUUCUAUCACGGCAUCAUGGAAGACUUCGUCAUCAAGUACUUCUGGGGUGCGCUGGGGCUGAUGCUGUGUUCAGUGCCUGUGUUCUUCAAGCUUCCAUCAAGCGGGGGCUCUCGCGGUGGUAAAGCUGACCAUACUGAGAGCUUCAUCACAAACCGGCGACUGCUGCUCUCCAGCAGCGAUGCAUUUGGACGGUUGAUGUUCUCGUACAAAGAGAUCUCACAACUCGCCGGGUACACCAGCCGCGUCAGCACGCUCUUAGAAGUCAUCGCCGACACUCAGCGCGGCCACUUCGAGAAGGCGCUCGUCUCCUCCGCAUCCAUCGAAGCCAACGCCAACGUCCUCGCCGGCCGUGGCGAGCUCGAAGAAGGCGAAGACAUCAAGUUCGACAACGUGCCCAUCGUCUCGCCCAACGGCGACGUGCUCGUCAAAGCUCUCUCCUUCCACAUCAACCGCGGCGACCACUUACUCAUCGUCGGCCCCAACGGCUGCGGCAAAAGCAGCCUCUUCCGCAUCCUCGGCGGUCUCUGGCCCGUCUACGGCGGCAAAGUGCGCAAACCGCCCAGCGAGGACAUCUUCUACAUCCCACAACGGCCUUACCUUAGCAAGGGCACGCUUCGGCAGCAGAUACUGUACCCAGAUAGCCUGCUAGACAUGCGUGCGAAGGGCGUCACGGACCAAGAUCUCGUGGAUAUCCUUACUGUACUCGGAAUUGAUACCUUGCUCAACACAUCGAACAACCGCUCAUGGCAAGAUGACAACGACGAGUACACUACCCCGACCGACUCCCGACCCCCCCGCACAGCAUCAACAGCCGGUCUAGACAUCUCAGCCGAAUGGACCGACCUCCUCUCCACAGGCACGCAACAACGCAUCGCCGCCGCCCGCCUCUUCUACCACGCCCCGAAAUACGCCAUCCUCGACGAGUGCACCUCCUCCGUUACCGCGGAGACCGAAAAAAUCAUGUACGACGAGGCGAAACGGCUCGGGAUCACGCUCAUGACGGUCUCGCAUAGACGGAGUUUGUGGCGCUAUCAUGGGUGGAUUUUGCAGUUUGAUGGACAGGGAGGGUAUGUGUUUACGCGGUUGGACGCGGAGAGGAGGUUGAGGUUGGAGGAUGAGAGGGAGGAGUUGGAGGUGCUGUUGCGAGGGGUGCCGGAGAUUGAGGGGAGAAUUGCUGAGUUGGAGGCUGGGGAGAGGGUGGGACUGUGA